UAGGCAUUGCCAGUGAGUCUUGCAUGGCGCCGUCCGCAUCCCAACGGCGCCUGCAGGCGAUCUUGGAGGGAGUCCUGACAGUCGAUUUAUUCGAAACCGCAGUCAACCUCACGUGAACGAAAUUCACCAGUUGCUAAAGCACCUCUUCAUUUUUGGUAGCAUUCAAAUAGCAUUUCAUACCAGAGACUAGUUUUGUAGAGAGACCACACCAUGGCGGAUCAGCAGAAAGCAGAAGAACGGCGACCAGAUAACGAAGAUGAAGAAACGAUGACCUCUCAGCGUUCAUCCUCUUCGAUGACGACGGUGCUCAAGUUGGCAUUGGCAACAGCCUUUUUGUGGAGUGCCUUUACGACAUUGUCAGACCGUGGAAGUCCUGUUCAGAACGCUGCUGCCAAAGUAGAAACUCCCCAUCGACGUCUCUUGGGCGUGGACGGAAUUCCUGCUUACAUGAGCGGUCUGAUGAAGGAUUUGAAAGAGCGAAAAAAACUGUUUGACGAAACGCCACCCGAGGAAGUCAAGUACUGGUUUGAAUACACCGGUCCAUUGCAGAAAUAUUUUUACCGGUUCUCACGCUCUCGCGGAAAGGCCGACUACUUUGAAGGACGCGAUGAUUCUGGAGUUGUCUCUGCGCGCUUUGUCGAGGAGCCUGGUGGUGGUAAGGAAUUUCAAGACUUUUUCCUGAAGAUUGACGAAGCACCGGAAAAGGAAGUCAAAUCCCACAUUCGCCUACUGGAGAAUUGUCUUGCUAUGGGAAGUCCUGCUCGACCCAACACUGGCAAAGGAACGCUAUGGAAUGAUUGGUUCGGUGGAUCAGCCAACAACAAUCCUUCUGGAGCGAUGGAUCGAUGCCGCAUUCUAUUUACUAUCAAUACUGUAGGCGCAGGACGUGGAACCACUCUUCUCUGGGAAACCAAUCCUCCCACGAUCGACGCCAAGGGGCCCAAGCCUUGGAUGUCCGAGCAGGAGACGGCUGCUUCACAUCUGGAGCGGAACUUGAAGGAAAUCAACUCGAUGUGCGCUACUGGACAAAUCGCUGCUCGUGUCCAAAUGCUCGUCUGCGAGCCUAUUCCGGCCAAGUGGACCGAAUGGAUGGAUUCCAUGUUGGUCAAUUGCGGAGGAAAACCACCCGUUCCAAUCAAUGAAAAGCCAAAGGAUGGAUACAAAGUGGAAGAACGAGCCAGUCCCGUCCAAGUUGUGGUCGUUGCCAGUGCCUCAACAGCAGACACUUGCCAUGAUCUUAAGAGUGGCUUUAUGGAGCGACGCAUGCAGGAUCUGGUCAUGGCGCCUCCUUUCCUUGGCGACGAGAGCAACAAGCAACCUGGAUCUUCCAAAACUACUCACCCCGAUCUCAUCAGCAGCGACGACCAUGACUUGUACGUGGCAAUGAAGUGGUCGUCCCUCGUCACUAUUCGUAGUGUCAACUCCUUCUUGCAAGCCAGUGCCGAUCUCGCCGCUGCUGCUGCGUCCCCUGUCAACCAAAAGCCUUCCCCGGAACAAGCCACUGACGGUACAACGGUUGCCAUUUCGAACGCCCCCUCGAGUCCGUUCUUGAUCCCCUCGUUUGUACGGGUGUCUUACGUCAGCGAAGAAAACAGCAAGGUGGCCAAAUGGCGCAUGCAUGGAGAUUUUUUCCACCCCGCGUCUUGGGAAAUUUGCAGAGAUUCUUUUGACAUGACAUGGAUCCCUGAUUCCCUGUCCGGUGCUGGAGGCGUCAAGUCCAUGUGCUCUGCCGGUACAAGUACCAAGCGGCGAUUGGCAGAGAAGGAAGAGUGUGGUCAGUGGUGGAUUUUCUUUGCUGAACUCCAAAUGCCAACGUCUCCGGAGGUUUACGCGAACGAAGCCGUGUCCCCUCUUAUCGAAGGUGGAUCCAACUUUUUCUGGAUGGUAACAGAACGACAGCGUCUAGAAAUGGUAAAGGGUCUUGUAUGUGAACACGAGAGUCCUGAUUCCAAGAACUGCCCGAAGGCUCCACAAGCGGUCCUUCCACUUGGUGAUUUGGAGUCGUUCCUCAUCAACUACACACCCAAUACGGCCCUUGGAAAGAAACACGUCAAGGGACGUCGCCCGGGAUACUCCAAAGAGCACGAACGAGAAUUAGAUAGGGAGCGCGUCAAGGAAAGGAAGCAACUCCAUGAUCAAGAGGACAUUGAAAAGGCUCUCUUUGACUACACAAUUUACCCAGCAGCACUAUUUCGCAAGGAUGCUACGAUUAUGGCAGCCCGAGCCCGUGAUUUGGUGCUUACCAAAAACAAGGAUCCAGAUGCCUUGGGUCCUCAAACUGUCAAGUCCAGCUAUUACGAUGUUACUAUCACCAAGCCUCGUGAACCUGUUUUGGGUUGGUGCCAAGCCAUCGCGAGGAAUGGACUGUGCACUUUGUACGCCGAUUACUUCCGUUCCAGCGAGGACGCUCGUUGCUUGGAAGCCUGUGGUCUCCGAAAGAAUUGGUCAAAGAUCGAAGGCUAGAUUGUGAUUCUUGGAUUGCUGUUGUGACUCUUUGCAGCAACUUGAUAGUUUAAAAACAGAUAUUAGUUAGGGAAGAAAUUUGUUUUGCGAAAAAGUCAGUACAGGCUAGUUUGGCAAACUACUUGGAUUGUUGUGCUGUUGCCGUCUUGGUAAUGACACGGUGAUACCGCAACCCCCUCCACCACCACCAAGCUACCGGUGCUCAAUUGAACCUCUCCAACCCAUGGAUGACAUGAGUUUGUUUUGCUUCUAAACUAACUGAUCUUGUCCCUCUUUGGGGGAACCCAUCUCAUCCAAUCGGGUUGUACCGGUACCUGCAGAGCUCUUCUUUAUGAGGGGGAAAGGCAUGCUUGUCGCCCAACGCUGUGGGCUACUAGCUCUAGCUAACCAAUACGUGCCAUUGUAGUGGGCCAUUAUCGGCAGCGUCCGCAGAACCGGUGCGUUGGGACUCAGACACUGAACUGAGCAGCCAGUGUGGGAUAGUGGGGCUUUCGCGAUGAGAGAACCAUCAUGACCUUGAUAUGCUACUGCAGUAUGGUAUCCUUUUGACCAGACUUGGAUCUUGGCUUUGGCAAUUGACGCGAGUGGUACCGGUAGUAGCUAUCUACGUUGGACACUGUACACUCGUCAUGUAGCUACGGUAGC